AUUUCAAACUCAUUGACAUUCAAACUGAUCCUUCUAUUGAAAACCAGCCCUGAUUUAAAGUCAACACGCAUGCUCAGACAGACCUCACAAACUGAUGUUGUGUUAAUCUCUAUACAACUUUACUGGAGAUCACAUCACUGUCAGAUUGUUGUUGUGUUGUUAUUUCAGACAUCUGAACUGUUGAAGAAAAUGUUAAUCGUGUUUGUUUUUCUCUCUUUCUGCUUCACUUCUCUGAAUGGUGUGUUUGGUGAUGAAGUGAAGUCAGUGUCAGUGACGGAGGGAGAUUCUGUUACUCUACACAGUAAUAUUACUGAAAUACUGAGCGCUCAUCUCAUACUAUGGAAAACUCAAGGGUCUCUCAUAGCCAGAAUCAAUAGAGAAGCCAACAAGUCAUCAAUAUAUGAUGAAGAUUUUGAUGGGAGAUUCAGAGACAGACUGCAGGUGAAUAAUCAGACUGGAGAUCUCACCAUCACAAACAUCACAACUCAACACACUGGACUUUAUGAAAUAAUCAUCACCAGCAAGCUGACGUUGUCACACACAUUCAAUGUUACUGUCUAUGCUCGUCUGCCCAUUCCUGUCAUCACUACGCAAAACUCUUCAUCAUCAGAAACAUCAUCAUGUGUCUUUGUGUGCUCAGUGUUGAAUGUAAGAGAUGUGAGAGAUGUGAGUCUGUCCUGGUACAAAGGAAACAGUUUAUUGUCCAGCAUCAGUGUGUCUGAUCUCAACAACAACAUCUCUCUUCAUCUGGAGUGUCUGGAUGAAUCUAACAGAUGUGUGGUGAACAAUCCCAUCAGUAAUCAGACUCAACAUCUCAACAUCACUGAUGUCUGUCAGAAGUGUUCAGAUCUCACCUUAAUUCUGAUCAGUUGUAUUGCUGGUGGAUUUCUAAUGAUUGUAGCUUCAGUUCUGAUCUUCUGGAUCUACAGGAAACACAGAAACACACAGCAACACGUUCAAACCAGAGGAACGGAAAUCACUUACACAGAUCCAACAUUCUGUAAAAGACCAGCAAAUAAAACGGGAUCUGAUGUGGUGUAUGCAGGAGUCAAGAGACAAUAAACAAACUCUCUGUGAUUCUAAGAUCAACAUUCAGCUGUUUGAUCAUCACCUACAGUCUUUGUUUUAACUUCAGAUUCUGACUGUGUGCGAGUUUAAAGUUUUUCCUUUGUAAGACGUCUGUCUUCUCUCUCACCUCAAGAUCUGUUACUUCUCCAUCACAUUUGCAAACAUAAUACACACCAAUAACAGCCAAAAGCACACAUAAAUAAAAUUUCACCAUGUUUAAAAUAAUGUUAAUAGACAGCAGUUUAAAGAAAGACAGAACUGUACAACAUCAGAAACACUGUGAUCAAAAUAUAAAUUAAUAAGUGUGGAUAAAAUCAAAGUAUUUGUUUUUAAAACACAAACUGUCUUUUUUAUUUUUGUUACUAUACGCAUCUGACACAUUAACAGGUUCAUUUGGGUUUAAGUGAAAUGUGAAGUGGAAAGAAAUGUGGUUUUAUUGUACUGGUGGACAUGAGAUACGUUUUUGUGUUAGACUAUUAGUGGUUAAUGUUUAUAUUUGUGUGUAUGUGAGAGUUGUGAACAGUGUGAGAGAGAGAGCGAGAGAGAGAGAGAGGAGAGGUGAAUACUGUAUGGCUUUUUUUGCUUUCCUGCUAAUAUUGUUCACUGUACACAAAUCAGUUUUAUUGAAAUGCUAAUGUUCAACAAAUAAAA